UGUCAAUAAUAGUUUCCUCUAUGAUUAAACAACGUAAAAUUAUUAUAAAAUAUAAACAUUCGUAAUUAGAUUUUUAUAAAUAAAUGGUUAUAGUAUUUGGUACUGGUUAAAGACAAUCUAAACAAUAUAUUAAAACAAAAGGUUUAUGUACCGUACUAUCGAAGUGAUAUAAGUAUCGAUCUAAAGCCUCGUAAAACUACGACCGUCAAAAUGUCGGUGAUGGCCCCUGAUUUUUUAAACUUCAUUAAAAAGCUGGAAGAAGGUGAAGACAAAUUGAUGUCUGUGUCGCCUAUAGAACAACCCCUUGAGUUUGAAUUUAAUAAUUCAGUAUGUUCCGUAUGCAAUGGAUAUUAUGGCCCUAGUUUUGGUGAACCGGUGUGUGUAACAUGUCACGCAUUUCUCUUCCCGGAGUUCCCUUCUUAUUUGCCUUGCUCACAUUUUUCCACCGAAAAAACCGACGAUGGCGAUUCAGGAAACGACGAGCCGUCAGACCUAAAUUUCGGCACCGAAAAGAAAUCGAAUCGGACAUUUCCUAUACCAGCUUGGUGGCGUUACAGAACAUCACUAGACAGUGAAACUAGUCCGGAAGAUGAUGCAAGUCGUGCCAGCAACUCUGGGCCCAGUGGUAGCGGCAGUAAUGGUUCAGGAAAUGACCCUCCAAAGGAUGGAGCAGUAUAUUAUGGUGGAUCACCACCACAGCCACCCAGUUUAGUUAGAACUCUACAAGCUUUGACGACCCCACGUCUCCCAGAUAAUGUGCCAUUUGGUAUUGUUGAACAUUUGCCUUCUGAAGUGUUGCUAUGCAUAUUCCAGUACCUGGACGACAUGUCGCUGUGCGCGUGCGCGUGCGUGUGCACCCGCUGGCAGCGGCUGGUGCGCGCGCGCGUGCCGCCGCCGCGCUGGGCGGCAUUCGCGGCGGCGAGGUGGCCGCUGUUCCGACCCAUAUUUACCGAUUUUGACUGGCAGCGGAAAUAUCAAUCGCUGGUCGAGUCGUGUUUCUGCCGCAACUGCCUGGUGCAGAUGUGCGUGCAGGCGCCGCCCGACGGCGAGGAGAGCGCGUGGCGGCGGAAUCGGCUGAGGAGCGAGCUGAAGGAUAAUAAAUUACUGCGUCAGAUGUUGCGUAACGACCCGCCCGAAGGUAUAGCCGCGACGCCGCUGGACGCGAAGUGUUGCCACUGGCAGGCGAGCGUGACGGGCCCGGCCGGCUCGCCGUACGAGGGCGGCGUGUUCUACCUCUAUGUGCAGGUGCCCUAUUCGUAUCCUAUGAGUCCACCUGUGGUUAGGUUUCUCACACGCAUCCUGCAUCCGAAUGUGUCUCGCCAUGGGGACGUGGGUAUCGACUCCGUGCACCACAAUUGGUCCCUGGCGCUCACUAUAAGCAAAGUGCUUAUAUCCAUACAGAGUUUGCUCACCGAUCCUUACACUAAUGUAUGUAUGGAACCGGAGCUCGGUGCGAUGUAUGUGAAGGACCGACCGCGAUUCGAAGCCCUAGCGCGCCAAUGGACAUGGAAAUAUGCCAUGCUGGAUGUUCUGCCCUUCUGAAUUAUUAAUAUAAUGAAUAGUUUAGUACUUGUAUAUAAUAUUACGCGUAUAAUGCUCUGCAUCUUGUAAUAUAUUGCUGAAAAUUAUAUUAAGCUUUUAAAACAUUGAUGGCUACUGUAUUGCCAAGAUACUUUUUAAGCAAUUUUAUAUUCCAUUCAACGCAACAAUUUCAAAGAUGCAUAGAACAACAGAUGUUUCGGCUGUGUAUUGUGUUAUUAAGAAAUUAUUGUUCUGUAAUAUGUUGUCUAAGUAAGGAAAUAUUCUCAAAGAAA